UGGCAAUCACACAUCCUUUCAGGACUGAGAGGAUGAGCAGAAAAGUAGAUAAGUGCAGUUCCUCAUUAAGGCACCAGCAGUCUUCACACCCAGUUUCUAUUCAAAAAGCAGUUCAAGUUUUGGCAGCUCUUUGUGCUCUGGGACUACUUGGAGGUGUUACUGUAAGUGUUUGGUUAAUAGUCAAACUGCUCUUAAAAACUACCUCAAAUAGUUUGUCAGUGAUAGAUGACAUCAAGAAGACCUCAUUCUGUAAUAUAUCAGAUGACAGCAGUGUGACUGAUCCCAGGAAAGUGUUUUACAGAAUCAGUGCUGAGAACUCUUUACUGGAGAUCCAGUUGGAGAGCCUGCAAACGUGGCUGCCUGUGUGUUACGAGCGCUGGAACUCUUCAUUAGGCACCCUCGUGUGUCGACAGUUGGGUCAGCUGAGAUUAACCAAACACAAGGGUGUAAAUUUGACAGACAUUGGCCAAAGCUACACUGAUGGCUUUGUUCAAAUUACUUCAGAACAUCAAAGCAAACUUGAACAUAUGUGGCAAUUCAGGGGAAGCUGCAGCACAGGAAAGAUUGUAGCUUUAAAAUGUUUUGAUUGUGGCACAAGAGCAAAGGUACCCAGGAUAAUUGGCGGUGUAGAGGCCACACUAGGCAGAUGGCCAUGGCAAGUAAGUCUCUACUACAGUAAUCGUCACACCUGUGGAGGAUCCAUUAUAACAAGCCAGUGGAUCAUCACAGCUGCACACUGUGUGUCCACGUACAGGUUGCAUCAUGUUUUCAAUUGGAUAGUCUAUGCUGGGAUUGUUACUCGCAAUGCAGCUAAGUUGGCUCAGUAUAUCAGCUACAGUGUGGAAAAAAUUAUCUACAAUAAGGAUUACAAUCACAGGAGUCAUGACAGUGAUAUUGCGCUGAUGAAGUUAAAGAAUCCUUUGAAUUUUUCAGACACCAUCAGGCCAGUAUGUCUACCACAGUAUGACCAUGAACUACCAGGAGGAACAUUGUGUUGGAUAUCUGGUUGGGGAUACACACAGUCUGAGGAUGUACAUAUUCCUGACACGCUGAAAGAAGCUCAAGUGCCCUUGAUAAGCACAAAGAAAUGCAACAGCUCUUGUAUGUAUAAUGGAGAGAUCACGAAAAGAAUGCUUUGUGCUGGCAACACAGAGGUUAAUGUUGAUGCCUGUCAGGGAGACAGUGGAGGCCCACUGGUUUGCCAAGAUAAUAAUGUUUGGAGGCUGGUUGGAGUUGUUAGUUGGGGAACAGGCUGUGCUGAGGCUAAUCAUCCUGGAGUCUACACAAAAGUAUCUGCAUUUCUAGGCUGGAUUUAUGGGAUAAUAGAGACUAACUAG